AUGACAUUGCUUGUGGAACUGUUCUUUGAUGAUUCAUCGUCGGACGAUGAUGAUGAUUUCGAGUUUGUGACAGCUAUGCUUGUUGACAUUCAAAGGAAACGACGGAAGCAUGGUGGUUCUGUGAUGGGUCGAUUGGUAGUUCGUCGAAAGAAGCAGGCUGGCCAUGUUAAGCUUAUGGAGGAUUAUUUUGUGGAUACCCCAGUGUUUGGCCCAAGAACCUUCAGGGGCCGGUUUAGGAUGUCGAGGGAUUUGUUCAUGCGCAUUGCAAAAGCUGUGGAAGAUCAUUGUCCAUACUUUGAGCAGAAAAGGAAUGCAAGUGGUGAACUAGGUCAGAGUGCUCUAAAGAAGAUUGCCGCUUCAGUGCGCAUGCUUGCAUAUGGUUGUCCAGCUGAUGUUAUUGACGAUUGGAUUCACAUUGCUGAGAGCACUGUCAUAAAGAGCUUGAAGAAAUUUGUCAAGUUUGUGAUUCAGAUAUUUGGAGAGCAAUACUUACGAGAGCCAAAUGUAGAGGACACAGUUAGGUUGAUGCAAAUGGGUGAAUCAAAAGGUUUUCGAGGUAUGCUUGGAUGCAUUGAUUGUAUGCAUUGGAGAUGGAAGAAUUGUCCUGCAGCUUGGCAUGGACAGUUCACUAGGCAUUGUCAUGAUCCAACAAUCAUUUUGGAAGCUGUUGCAUCAAAUGAUUUAUGGAUUUGGCAUGCUUACUUUGGGAUGCCUGGGUCUCACAAUGACCUCAAUGUCUUGCAGAGAUCACCUUUGUUUGCUAGACUUACAAGAGGAGAGGCACCACCUGUGAACUUUGAAGUCAAUGGCCACCAAUACACAAAGGGUUACUAUCUGGCUGAUGGUAUAUAUCCUUCAUGGGCUACCUUUGUGAAGUCAAUACAAAACCCUCAGGGUAACAAAAAUGCUCACUUUACCAGGUGUCAGGAAGCAUGUGGGAAUGAUGUUGAGCGAGCAUUUGGAGUCUUGCAAUCUCGAUUUGCAAUUGUGGCUGGACCAGCUAGAUUUUGGGACAAAAAGACACUGUGGCGCAUCAUGACAACAUGUGUGAUCCUGCACAAUAUGAUAAUAGAAGACGAGAGAGAUCAGCCACAAGACUUCAACUAUGAGACUGAAGGCAACUAUGUGGCACCUGCUGAACCUGAGAAGGAUAAAGAUCGAAUCCAAAAAUUUCUUGAGAUGCAUCGACAAAUUGAAGACCGAGCUGCGCAUCAACAACUUCGUGAUGACCUUGUUGAGCAUUUGUGGCAGCUCCAUGGGAGUGCGUGA